UUCAAAAAAUAAUGAAAAAGAAAUGAAAAUCAAAUUAUCUACGGCCGAGAACCGCCAUAGCCCGCAAUACUUAGAGGACUUAUCAUAGGGACUUAGUCAUACUUCAUAUAGGCAUAAGCCACGAUUCAGCUUUUUGAGAUUCAAACAUGGCGAAGAAAAAUGACACUUGGGAGACUUUCAGAGAAAAAAUGAAGGACAAGCGGUGUAAAAAAGCACAAACUGCCGUAAAUAAUAAAGGGUUGAGUGCAGGGGACCAAAUUGUACGUAAUGGGGAACUUGUUGUUCAAAGACUAAGUUCUGAAGUAUCGGGAAAAGCUCAAAAAUACAGUCGGAUUGGGGCACGUGAGUUUGUCCCAUUUAACGAAGAAGAAGUCAGUAUUCGUGCAAUCAAAGCGGCAUGCGAAAGACAUUACAAGUCCCUAUCGGGAGAAGGAUUGAUCUGUGAUGUGUUAGCCGGCGACCAAGGGCCUUCUUGUCUAUCGAUGGAACAUGUUCCUGACUUAAAAGUAGUACAUGUAAGGUUCAUCAAGCCACAAAAAAUGAAUGCUCGGCCGUCUACUUCGUCUGUGAGUCGUAUAUCCCAAGAUAUCAUGGGAGGCGAAAACCCUGCAUUCAGCUUCAUGAGCGACUGCAUUCAAUUUAGAGAGAGUCCUGAUAAAAGGAAGAUUAAAAGUGAAAGAUGUUCAUCAAGCCCUGCAAAACGACCUGCCCCCAAAAGCUUAACCAUAUCUGAAAUGGUCAAACUUGGAAAGCUAAUAAAGCCUGAUGUCGCUGAUACAACCACCAGAAUGAUAAUUGAUGUGUUCAGCUUUGAAUUUAGCAGUUUAUCAUGGUCUGUACUCCCACAAGUUGUGGAAUUUACUGUUGAAAAUUCUGUACUGGGAGAAGGUGGUUUCCGCAAAGCGUACAAAGCUAGAAGCAACACAGCUGGUUUUGUAGGCAAAGAUUGGGUCAUAAAGAGGUACUUAGAAAAAACUGUCAGCGAGGUAACAAAUGAUCUUGGCCAAUCUAUGGAGGAGCAAACUAAGAAAGUGAUUCAGAUGCACCAUCUUUCCAAAAAUUUUGCUGAUCAGCUAUCAAAAACUGUGAAGCAGAAGAACAUUUGUGACACGUUUGGUCCUGUCAUGCAGUUUCAAAUUGUUCACUUUGGCAAGAUACAAGGCACAGGUGAAUGUGUAACAAUUGAGCCACACAUUAAGGGUAAGUUUGUUAAAUAUGUAAACAAUACUGGAGAACUAUGUGUUCCUACUAGCCAUUUGCUGGGCCAAAAAGCUGAGUGCUUGGUCCACUUUUCAUAUGAGAAGUCCAAUUGCCAGUUAAUGGUUCUUGAUCUGCAAGGAAGCGGUCAUCAGCUGUUUGACCCUGAAGUAGCUUCAGAAAAGCUUGUUGGUGAAGAAAAGGAAUUUAUGUUUUGUGCUGGAAACCUAAGUACAGAAGCAAUCAAAACAUUUGUUUCAAACCACAAGUGCAACAAAUUUUGCCAGUUAGUUGGACUGAAUUCAAUAGCAUAGGAGACAUGUAGUGGUCAAGACUACCCUACUCUUAUUGGUGCAUUAAUAUCAACAAUUAACCAACAGAGUUAAAGUUUUUUAUAUUCGUUUAGUGACGUUGAUAGUUACUUGGAAAGGAUUUGUUAGUCUGGAAAUAGUUGAAACUUGAAAGAUCAGUAUUGACAUUUUGUUGUUUUAAUGUUUAGUUACUCUAUAGAAUAAAGAGAAUUAAUUUAUUAAAAGAUUCUCUCCUUUUUAAUUGAUAGCAAUUUUAUGUUUGAAAAGUACAGUGUAUUCUUUUUUGGUUCUUCUAAUUGGUUCAUUACAAGCAUAAAUCUUAUGAUAAAUUCAAAAGCAACCUUUGAAAGGCAAUAACAAUAUUAUGCACU